UUGAUAACCUGCCAAUCCAUCCGUAUUUCGUCACAUUUUGUCAACCAAUGGCGCUUGUAACGCUUGUUCUCUUGGUGAUGUCUGUUGCAGCCAAGCGCCUUGACUCGGGCGACCAAGUUGCUAUGAACUCCGUGGAUGACUCUGAUUCUGUGGAAGAGAGAAGUGGUUGGGAUCCGGGCUGGGUGGAAGAGAAUCCGAAAGAAGUCAGCGAGGAGAACUGGGAAAGCUGGCCCGAGUGGGAAGAAAUCGAAAAGGAGCAUCCGGCCAUGACGGGUUUGAAGAAUGACAAGGUGAACUACAAAGAGGCUGGUGAGGACUUGGUGGAGCUGUCCCAAGAGAUCGUCAAUGAAACAGGCAAAAUCCGCUGCACCAAAGACCAGAAGGCGAUCAUCGACACCACCGGCCAGUGUGUUCAAUAUGCGGCAGGCUUCGUUAUGACAAUUUCGCCCUUGUUCGGUCCAGCCAUGCCAUUUGUCUUCAGCAUUGCCUUUGGUGUCAACAUUGCUAUGAGCAUCAUGAUGGGCAUCACAGAGGGAAAAGAUAAGAGUUUUGAGUACGACCUCAGCAGUCUGGAUAGCCACGUGAAGCAGCAUUUUGCUGGGAUGGGUUGGAAUUUUCAGCUUGUGAUCAUGUCCCUAAAGAAGGUGCAAAUGACAAUAGACCGCUUAGCGCAUCAAAUGACGAAGAUGCUUAACAAGGUCUUGGCGAAGCUUUCGAGUAUGGAGCAGAGGCUCAUCAGUCUCAGGCUACAACCCUCUAUGAGCCAUAUGAACAUGUUAGCCCUCAUUCACCAGGAUUUGUUGAGGGCGAUCAGCACCAAGGGAGAUAUAGUGGAGGUCCUUCAACCCAGCAUUCCGCGAGUUGUGGACAUUGAAGUGAGAAUGAGAGCAGAUUUCAAAGAAAAUCUCGAGACCUUGGCGGAGUGUGCCGCUUGUGGUGGAAAGGCUGCUGCAACUCUUUGGCUCACGAAGACUUUGAAUGCUCGUGCACAAGCUUGGAGCAUUUUGUACGUCUACAGGAUGUUGACCAACAACCUGAGCAGAGCCUUCCUUAUGAACCAGCAUUUUCUUGAUGAUAUGAAAGACUGGCCAAAAUUUUAUGAAGCCACUGGGCUUGUUCCAUGGCUGCGAUUGCGGGCAACAGAGCUCUCCAGGUAUAUGAUCUCAGCAGAAGAACAUGUUGCACUGGAAAGCAAGGCUGAAGAUUUGAAAUCUGAAUCUUGGGAACGCCGCGAGGAAGCGGUACAGCAACUGUUGACGCGAUUCCGACCAGAAUCAGUGGCCAUUGUGGUGGAGCACCUGAUUCCCUUGCUCGAUCCCCCGCCCGCGGCUUGGAUAUCGAAGAGCAGGUCAGAUUGGGUUGAAUCUCCUGAGCAGAAAGCGUGCAGGAAGGCAGCUGCCCUCCUGGCGCAAGUGGGAUAUCCUGCAGCGUGGCAGGCAAAAGAAGCCCUGGAACGCGUCAAGGACAUCACAUGGAGAUUGGUCACAUGGACUUCCGGCGCUCGCACCAGUCUUUCACCCUGUGCUGAAAUGAGUCGCGGGACGCUGGCCCUCCUGGAACAGCAGGAACUGGAUGCACGUUCCGAGUAGCGAGCACAGCGAGAGGAUCAAUGGAGAAAGGCAACACUCAACAUAACUGGAAAGUGUGAAAAGAAAAGAUGUGAAAAGCUUAUUGCGUCGCCAGAUGCCGGAGAUUUCCAAGAUAUUUCCCAUCUAUGGAAAAGUGGUUCCCGCUUAAAGGGGUUCCUGCUGCCUGUAGUGAAGCUUGCCGACGCUUUUAGUGCUCUUCAGAUGGCUGACUGGUCCGCAGCU